AUGCCUGUCACAAGCUUCGACUUCCCCGAGAAGUAUCGCUACCAGAUCGGCUUCGACUCCCACCUCGAAUCCGAAGCCGUCCCCGGGUCCCUUCCCAUCGGCCAAAACUCUCCACAAAAGCCUCCCCACGGCCUCUACGCCGAGAAGCUCUCGGGCACCUCCUUCACCGCGCCGCGCCACGACAACAAGCAGGCCUGGCUCUACCGCAUCCUCCCCUCGUGCGCCCACCCGCCCUUCACCGCGACCACCGCCCCGUCGCCCGAGACAAGAGCCCAGCCGUCCAAGCUGCAGUAUAUCCCCAACCAGCUGCGCUGGGACCCGUUCGACCACGAUGAGGCCACGAACUGGGACUUUGUUGCUGGCAUGCGCCUCGUCGCCGGCGCGGGCGACCCGACGCUGAAGCAAGGCAUCGGCAUCUACGUCUACGCCGCUGGCAAGAGCAUGGACGACACUGCCGCCUUCUACUCGGCUGACGGCGACCUGCUCAUCGUCCCGCAGGAGGGCCCCCUCGACAUCCGUACCGAGCUCGGCUGGCUUCUCGUCCGCCCGCUCGAAGUCGCCGUCAUCCCCCGCGGCAUCAAGUACCAGGUCCACCUCCCGGCCGGCCCGGCCCGGGGCUACGCCCUCGAGUUGUACCAGGGCCACUUCGUCCUGCCCGAGCUGGGCCCCAUCGGCACCAACGGCCUCGCCAACCCGCGCGACUUCCAGGUGCCCGUGGCCUGCUUCAGCGAGGACUUUGGCGCGACGGCUCACGAGGGGUCGGGCAGCUACACCGUGACGGUCAAGUUCAACAACGACUACUUUGAGACCACGCAGCAGCACACCCCCUUCGACGUCGUCGCGUGGCACGGCAACUACUACCCCUACAAGUACGACCUCGGCCGCUUCAACACCAUCGGCACCAUCUCCUACGACCACCCGGACCCGUCCAUCUUCACCGUCCUCUCGGCGCCCUCGGGCGUGCCGGGCACCGCCAUCGCCGACUUCGUCAUCUUCCCGCCGCGCUGGCUCGUGGCCGAGGACACCUUCCGCCCGCCCUACUACCACCGCAACACCAUGUCCGAGUUCAUGGGGCUGAUCACCGGCGGUUACGACGCAAAGCGCGGCGGGUCCGGCGGGUUCGUGCCGGGCGGCGCGAGCCUGCACAACACCAUGAGCGGCCACGGCCCGGACGCCGAGAGCGGCGAGGGGGCGAGGAACGCCGAGCUGAAGCCGGCCAAGGUCGGCGCCGGCAGCUGCGCCUUCAUGUUCGAGAGCUGCGCCAUGGUGGGUGUCACCGAGUGGGGCCUGCGGACGUGCCAGAAGGUGCAGCAGAAGUACAGCGAGGAGAGCUGGGGCGCCGUGCCGGUGCACUGGAAGAGGCCGGAGGGGGUUCCGUCCGACGGGCAUCUGCUAAAGUGA